AUGACUCGAGUGGUAAUCUAUGCUCAAUAUGAUGGGGAGUGGAAGGAAGAGCAAGGGUUGUAUAAAUGGUCACCAAAGAAUAAGGAAGUUAUAUCUAUCAUUGUUGAUGACUCCAAUAUUACUUUUGAGGUGUUAUUGGAGAAAUUGUAUAAGAAGAUUGGGGUGAAUCAAAAUGAUAUCGAAUUGAAAAUAAGUUACUUACCUAUCAUUGCGGGAGAAAAUAUGCCACCACUCAUUUUACAAGGGGAUGAAUGUCUUGCAGCUUAUCUUUUGGAUUGUGGAGAGAACAAUCGUAGAGUUGCACCACGUGUGGAGCUCAUUAAGAGAGAAGAUAUAUGUGACAUGGAAGUUGAACGCAACAUGAAAGAAAAUGAACAAAGUUUAGUAGAUGAUUACUUUGACCGUGAAUUCUACUUUGAAAAUAAUAUUUGUGAUGCUGCUUCUGCACCAGGCGAAAGUGGUGUUAAUCUAGGUUGUGAACCUAUGGACCUUCUUAACAAAAGGACAACAUCAUCAUCUCCAACUCCAAAUCACAUUGACCCACUGAACUACUAUGAUUCGUUGAACCACCAUGAUGAACAAAAUCAAGUCCCUAGUGAAGACACAUUUAGUUUCCCAAAUGGGUCAGAUUUGGCAAUUGGUCAAGAAUUCAAGAACAAAGAUGAGGCAGUGCGUGCAGCAAAAGUUACCAACUCAGAGCGUUUCUCAAUACGAACUUAUUGUAACACUCACACUUGUUCCCUUAUUAGCCGAAAAAGAAAGCAUCGUCAAGCAAGUGCUGCAGUAGUUGCUAAUGUCGUGAGGUCAAGUUUUGAUGGUCAAAAAGAGACACCGAAGCCAAAAGCAAUAAUGACGAUUAUGCAGAACAAUCACAUGCCAAUAACAUAUUGGAAAGCUUGGAAGGGGAAAAAACUUGCAAACAACCUUCUUAGAGGUUCACUUGAAUUAAGUUUUCAAAAUCUUCCAGCUUACUUAUACAUGGUUCGAAAGAUGAAUCCAGGUAGGAUCACGCAUUUGGAGGUGGAUGAAGAUUCUAAAUUCAAAUAUGUUUUCCUAGCAUAUGGAGCAUGCAUCAAAGGAUUUUGUUGCAUGAGAAAGGUUAUUGCGGUGGAUGGGACUUGGUUGAAGACCAAGUACAAAGGUGUAAUGCUCAUUGCAACAGCACAAGAUGGUAAUUUUCAUCAAUAUCCUAUUGCUUGGGCUGUGGUUGAUUCAGAGAAUGAUGCUUCAUGGUCAUGGUUCCUUACAAAGUUACAAGAACUUAUACCAGAUGAUAGUGAUUUAGUCUUUAUUUCAGAUAGAAAUCAAAGCAUCAUCAAUGGGGUGUCGAAUAUUUAUAGGAAGUCACAACAUGGGCAUUGUAGGUGGCAUCUGUCUCAGAAUAUUAAAGCACGUGUCAGAGUUAAAGGUGUCAUAAAAUUAUUCGAAGAAACUGCCAAUGCCUAUAAAGUUUCCGAUUUCAACAAAUUCUAUGAUGAAUUGAAGAAUAGAUAUCCCGUAGCAGUGAAGUUUCUUGAAGAAUCAAAUCUCACACUUAGUAAAUGGGCGAGAUCUCACUUUACAGGCUGUCGAUACAAUAUUAUGACUACGAAUGGUGCAGAAUCUAUUAAUGCAGCAUUGAGGGAACCUAGAGAGUACCCUAUCAUUGCGUUGUUGGAGGCUAUGCAGGCAAAAGUCUCUGAGUGGUUCAACAAUCGCCGCAAUAUUGUGGCAUCUAUCAAUACAAAGUGUACACCUUUAGCUCCAAAGGCAGAGAAUAUUAUUCGAAAAAGAUUCAAGAAAGCAUCGGAAAUGAAUGUGAAACAACUUAACCGAUUUGAGUAUGAGGUUACAGGUAAAGAAAAUGAUGCCAUAAUUGAUUUAGGUCAAAGACAAUGCUCAUGUCGUGUCUUUGACCUUGAUCAACUUCCAUGUGUGCAUGCAUUAGCAUCAUAUGAGCAAGCUGGAAUAGAAGUGUAUGAUUUGUGCUCUAAUUAUUAUAAGUUGGAAACUUGGGCGUUGGCUUAUGUUGAUACCAUUUAUCCAGUCCCUCAACAAGAAGAUUGGGAUAUCAAUGAAGUUGAAGUAUUGCCGAAGGUAUUGCCUCCAAAUGUCCCAAUCAAGCGUGGUAGAGCAAAAUUGAAAAGAAUCCCAUCAGUUGGUGAGGGAAAAAAAUGGAUAAAAAGGUAUGGUUUAUGCGGGCAGCCUGGUCACUCCAAAAAAACAUGCCCCUUACAAGCCACAACUUCUAAAUUGUAA